UCUGAAGAGAAGGGGGCACACCAAGUAAGUGCUUUGUCAGAUUUCGCGUGCAUUCUUCUUUCUUCUUCUCUCUUUCAUUUCAGUCUUUGGCUCCUUCCUCUUCUUUUCUUUAAUCUUCUCGAUUUCAUUGAAGAAAGCAUCGAUUUUUAUAGCGAAAGGUCACUGUUUUAUCGUCUAAAGUUAGAAUCUUUUUAUCUGGGUCGUGCUUAACUCGAAGAGACGAGGAAAAGGCUUCUCUGAUUUUUUUUGUUUUUUUUUUGGUUCGUAGCGCAUUUUGCGUUCUUGGGUUUAAAGUUGAAGAACAACAACAACAGCUCAUUAUACUUUUCAUAUUUUCUCAUUUCUGUGUGGGGCUCUUUCUUUUGUACACACAGAGAUAGAGAUUGAGAUUGAGAUUGAGAGAGAGAGAGAGAGAGAGAGAGAGAAGAGCGAGAUUAUAUAGCAAUUAGAUAUUUCUUCUAGCUAGUGGUGUUGGCUCAUGAUUAAGAGAAGAAGCUUCAAAACAAAGAAAAAACUGAAACUUUUGGCUUCGGAGGAAGACUAAGAAGUAAAGGUUUUACUAUUCUAAACGACGACGACACUUUUGCAAUCACCACCACAAAAAGAUUCAAGCUUUGGAUUCGUCUGUCUCUAACAAAGUUUCUCACACAGUGGACGACUUAAAAAAUAAGAGAUAAAAAAAAGGGUUUCACGUGUUUCUGUGUUUGUGAAUGUGUGAAGCACUUAGAAAACAGAGAAAAGAAUUUGGUUAUUAAAAAAAGGGUUUAUCUCUGUGUAUGUGUGUCAGUAAAUUCGAGCUUUGAGUGGGUGUUUUGUGCAUCUCUAAGUUUUUUAUCUUUUCUAUAAUUAUUUUUUCUCUUUUUCUUUAUUCAAUGUUCUCUUUGAGAUGUGAGACUCCUCCAUUAACAUUGUUUCCUUAAGUCUCUGACUCGAGAAGCUUUUUUGGGAGAGUGAAAAUACAGUCUUUAAGUCUUUUCUCUCUUGAGAGCUCUUCUAUUAGAUUAUUUCAUCAUGAAGUUCAUGAAACUUGGAUCCAAACCUGAUUCCUUUCAAUCUGAAGGAGACAAUGCUAGGUAUGUAGCAAGUGAGUUAGCAACAGAUGUUAUUGUCAUCAUUGGGGAUGUCAAAUUCUAUCUUCACAAGUUUCCGUUGCUGUCCAAAAGCGCAAGGCUGCAGAAGCUAAUCACAACAUCAUCAUCAUCGUCAUCAAAUGAAGAUGAUCAGAUUCAUCAUCAUGAAGAUGAGAUUGAAAUAACAGAUAUUCCUGGUGGUCCUGCUUCAUUUGAGAUCUGUGCUAAAUUCUGUUAUGGCAUGACAGUUACUCUAAACGCUUACAACGUAGUCGCUGCUCGCUGCGCCGCUGAGUUUCUUGAAAUGUAUGAAACCGUAGAAAAAGGGAAUCUUGUUUACAAGAUUGAAGUUUUCUUGAACUCGAGCAUACUCCAAAGCUGGAAAGAUUCGAUCAUCGUGCUUCAGACCACGAGAGCUCUGUCUCCAUACUCUGAAGAGCUGAAGCUAACCGGGCGUUGUCUCGACUCUAUCGCCUCUAGAGCUUCGAUUGAUACAUCUAAAGUCGAGUGGUCUUAUACUUACAGCAAGAAGAAGAAUCUUGACAAUGGAAUGAGGAAACCGCAGGCAGUUCCUAGAGAUUGGUGGGUUGAGGAUCUUUGUGAUCUUCAUAUCGAUUUGUAUAAACGAGCAAUCGCUACAAUCGAAGCAAGAGGGAACGUUUCAGCAGAUGUUAUUGGAGAAGCAUUGCACGCGUAUGCAAUUAGAAGGAUUCCUGGAUUCAGCAAAAGCAGUUCUGUACAGAUCACUGACUUUGCAAAGUACAGAGCUUUGGCUGAUUCGAUCAUUGAGCUGAUUCCUGAUGAGAAACGCAGUGUUUCUUCGAGUUUCUUGACUAAGUUAUUGCGAGCUUCGAUCUUCCUUGGUUGUGACGAAGUAACCGGGUUAAAGAACAGGGUCGGCGAGAGGUUAGAUGAGGCGAAUUUGGGUGAUGUUUUGCUCUAUGAUGUUGAGUUGAUGCACAGCUUAGUUGAGGUUUUCUUGAAAUCCCGUGACCCGAGAGAGGAUGAUUUAACCGCGAAAGCAUCAGUUGCAAAACUUGUUGAUGGUUAUUUAGCUGAAAAAUCGAGGGAUUCAGAUAACUUGCCUCUUCAGAAGUUCCUCUCACUCGCGGAUAUGGUCUCGAGCUUCCCGAGACAGUCUCAUGACGGAGUUUAUCGCGCAAUCGACAUGUUUCUUAAGGAACAUCCGGAGAUGAACAAGAGCGAGAAGAAGAGAAUCUGCAGGCUAAUGGACUGUAGGAAGCUAUCAGCAGAAGCAUGCGCACACGCAGUUCAAAACGAGCGAUUACCAAUGCGUGUGGUGGUGCAAGUGCUCUUCUUUGAACAAGUAAGAGCCAACAACAACGGUUCGUCAUCUACAGGAAACAGUACGCCAGAGAUAAUUCCGGCUUCAAGAUCGACAAACACUACUGAUCAAGAAGACACAGAGUGUUGGGACACAGAGGAUAUCAAAGCUUUGAGAGGUGAAUUAGCAAAUCUAAGACUCGCAAAGAACCAACAAGAGAACAACAAUAACAACAAAGGUAAACUGAUGAAAGGAGGAGGGCUGGGAGUUUCAAGAGUGUUCUCGAAGCUUUGGUCUGGUAAAGAGAGAAGUGGAGAAAUGAUGAGUAGCUCAGGGACUUCGAGUCCUGGUUCUAUUAAUGAUGACUCAAAGUCUUCUUCUUCCACAAGCAAGAAACAUUAGUAGGAGAAGAAGCAAGAAGUAAGAAAGAAGAUGAAUUAGGUUUGCUAAAAAAAAUGUUCAUCCAGUCACUAACUUAUUUGCUCUUUCUCAGAUGUUACCAUUUUCUUCCCUUUGUGAUGUUCUUCCUUAGUAGGUUACGUCUUUUUCUGUUUU